GCACGACGGUCUGUCCUGGGCUGCACUGAGCCUGCGCACGCCGCACUUCUGUUCCAUUUGAGACCAAAACGGUGGGAGGUGAAACACGCGCGCGGGAUUGUCUGUCUGCUUGGCCUUAAUUUUCCACUAAUUUGUAAAAAUGAUCAUCAUAAUCGAGAGUAAGGAUCACUUUGACAAAGCCCUUGAGGAGGCUGGAGACAAGCUGGUGGUGGUGGAUUUCACAGCUACAUGGUGUGGGCCAUGUCAAACCAUCGCCCCCUUCUUCAAGAAACUGUCUGAAGAGCACACUACCGUGGUCUUUCUAAAGGUUGACGUGGAUGACGCACAGGACGUAGCCGCCUUCUGUGACAUCAAAUGCAUGCCAACAUUCCACUUCUAUAAGAACAAGAAGAAGGUGGAGGAGUUUUCUGGGUCCAACCAGACCAAGUUAGAAGAGCUGGUGAACAACAUGAAGUGAGCACGGUGCUCCAGAGAGGGUCUUCCAGACAGGAUGCCCAUGUUGCCUUCCUUUGUCUUCCCAUCUUCCUCCUCCUUCCCCCAAAUUGUAGCCACCUGUAGGGAACUGAUCACUAUGGGAUAAAUGGACAACCUGUAUGCCUUCAACUUGUCUUCCCCCUCCUCCAUCGUGACCCUCUCCAUCUCCCUCCUCCAUCAUCACGCUGUUCUCUUCCCCAUCAUCCUCUCCCCUUACUCCACCUGCUCCUGUGUUGUCUAGAGGAUGUGAUCAUUAUUGCAUGAGUGUUAAGCUGUAUACCAACUGUGUUACCCAUAUCCACCCCCCUCUGUUGUCUUGUCAAAGGGAUAGGAUCACUACUGUACUGAUGGACCACUAUACGCUCUCCAUCACUUUCCCUCCACAUCUCAACCCCCCUAGCUUGUGUUUUGUCUAGGGAUUGAUCAGAAAUGUAUUAUAACAAUAAACCGUUUUUGUUUUUUCA